GCAUGGCUGCCCGCACUGAGGUUCCAGGAUGCAGCGCGAAGGACACGUCACGUAGGCGGAGCCGGGCCUGUGGGACUGAAGCUGCUGUGAGCCCGGGGGUCCGACCUGAGAGGCCGGGGCCUCGGGAAGCGAAGAACGGAGCGGAGGUAGGUAAGUAGCUCGCCAUUCCGGGAGAUGUCACUCAUCCAUUUCGCUUCGGUGGUGCGUGUAAGAGACGGGCUCCCACUCUCCGCCUCAACCGACCAUGAACAGAACACGUCCGUGCAAGAGACCAAGAAAUACCUGAAAGUGCUUUCCAAAAAGCUGGAGCAGCUUCCUGAUAGGUGCACACUGAGGAGAGGGCCCCAUAAUGUCCACUUUAUCAGCUCGCUGGGGGUGGGGUACAUGCUGCUCUGCUCAGAGAGUUACCCCACCAUCUUGGCCUUUUGCUUCCUGGACGAGUUACAGAAGGAGUUUAUUACCACCUACGAGAUGUCCCAGAUCAACACCGCCAUCCGGCCGUACUCUUUCAUUGAGUUUGAUAAUUUCAUUCAGAAAACCAAGCAGAGAUUUAAUAACCCCCGAUCCCUUUCCACCAAGAUGAACCUGGCCGACAUGCAGACGGAGAUCCGACUCAGACCCCCCUACCAGGUGUCGCUGCAGGAGGCGGGGCUAGCGAAUGGCCUCACCCACCAGAGGCACCCGGAAUAUAAGGGAAUAGCCCCCCACCAGAGACUGGAGCCCCUGACCCUGCCCGGCAUCGUCUCUCUGCUACUGAGCGUGCUCUGCGCCGGCCUCAACCUCAUCCGGGGGUUUCACGCUAUAGAGAGCCUGCUGCAGAAUGACGACGAUUUGAACUGCGUUAUUGCUUUCUUCUUGGGAACCGCAGCCUGUAUGUACCAGUGCUACCUGUUUGCCCACAGUACCAGCUGGAGGAACACCAAGUCCUUCCUGGCGUUUGGGCUGAUCUGCCUGUGUAACCUGUACCUGCACGACCUGCGCUCCCUCCUGCAGCUCCUCUUCCACGUCAGCGCCGGCGCCUUCAUCACCCUCCAGAUCCGACUGCGCCAGCCGCUGAGCAAGUCUCCCGACUAUAACGUGUGACUGGGCCGGAACCGGCACUGCUGGGCCCCCGCACCCGAACCUCUGGGGUACGGCACAUUCCUCCCCUCCCCCAGGGAUUUUACCUCAAUGUUCCUUUAGCAAAGACUCACUUUGUGUUAUUGCCUUUGUAAGGCAGCGAUACUGUCUGUAUAAUAAACCCUGACUCCGGGGCC